AUGUACGUGAGCUACCUCCUGGACAAGGACGUGAGCAUGUAUCCCAGCUCCGUGCGCCACUCCGGCGGCCUCAACCUGGCCCCGCAGAACUUCGUCAGCCCCCCGCAGUACCCGGACUACGGCGGCUACCAUGUGGCGGCCGCCGCCGCCGCCGCCGCGAACUUGGACAGCGCGCAGUCCCCGGGGCCGUCCUGGCCGCCCGCGUACGGCGCCCCGCUCCGCGAGGACUGGAACGGCUACGCGCCGGGGGGCGCGGCGGCCGCCGCCAACGCCGUGGCGCACGGCCUCAACGGGGGCUCUCCGGCCGCCGCCAUGGGCUACAGCAGCCCCGCCGACUACCACCCGCACCACCACCCGCACCACCACCCGCACCACCCGGCCGCCGCGCCCUCCUGCGCCUCGGGCUUGCUGCAGACGCUCAACCCCGGCCCCCCCGGGCCCGCCGUCACCGCCGCCGCCGAGCAGCUGUCCCCCGGCGGCCAGCGGCGGAACCUGUGCGAGUGGAUGCGGAAGCCCGCGCAGCCGUCGCUCGGCAGCCAAGUGAAAACCAGGACGAAAGACAAAUACCGAGUCGUGUACACGGACCACCAGCGUUUGGAGCUGGAGAAGGAGUUUCACUACAGUCGCUACAUCACCAUCCGGCGGAAAGCCGAGCUGGCCGCCACGCUGGGGCUCUCCGAGAGGCAGGUUAAAAUUUGGUUUCAGAACCGCAGAGCGAAGGAAAGGAAGAUCAACAAGAAGAAGCUGCAGCAGCCGCCGCCGCCGCCUCCGCCGCCAUCCCAGCCGCAGGCUCCCCAGCCGCAGCCAGGUCCCCUGAGAAGCGUCCCGGAGCCCCUGAGUCCCGUGUCUUCCCUGCAGGGCUCGGUGCCUGGCCCUGUCCCUGGGGUUCUGGGGCCGACUGGGGGGGUGUUAAACCCCACUGUCACCCAGUGA